GAAGCGACUCUGAGCAUCUUCCCCACAGCACUGGGACCUACACUCACAACCCACAGGCAGCAGCAUGAGUAGGAAGGUUGUUCGCACCAGUAAGUUCCGCCAUGUUUUUGGCCAAGCGGUUAAAGCCGACCAAUGUUACGACGAUAUCCGGGUCUCUCAGAACACCUGGGACUCCAACUUCUGCUGCGUCAACCCCAAAUUCCUGGCCAUAGUGGUAGAGGCCAGCGGAGGCGGGGCCUUCAUGGUACUGCCCCUCUCUAAGACGGGGCGUCUGGACAAGUCUCAGCCUGUGGUUUGUGGUCACACUGGGCCAGUACUGGAUAUUGACUGGUGCCCCCAUAAUGACAAUGUCAUUGCCAGCGGAUCAGAGGACUGCAGUGUCAUGGUGUGGGAGAUUCCGGAUGGAGGGCUGACUCGCUCACUCACAGAACCACUAGUUACACUGGAGGGACACACAAAGCGAGUGGGAAUUGUCCUGUGGCACCCCACAGCUCUGAAUAUACUGCUGAGUGCAGGCUGUGACAAUGUGAUCAUGAUCUGGGACGUGGGCGCGGGGCAGGGCGUUAUCUCUAUAGAUGAGACACACACAGACCUCAUAUACAGUGUUGCCUGGAACCCAAGUGGCAGCCUCCUCUGUACCUCCUGUAAGGACAAGAAAAUCCGAAUUAUUGAGCCCAGGAGCGGCAACAUACAAGUGGAGAAGGAAAAGCCCCACGAGGGCAGCCGGCCGGUCCGCGCCAUAUUUGUUUCUGAUGAGCAAAUACUGACCACGGGGUUCAGCCGCAUGAGCGAGAGACAAGUGGCCCUGUGGGACCUGAAAUCCCUGAAUGAGCCCCUGACCCUGCAGGAGUUGGACACGAGCAGUGGAGUCCUCAUUCCCUUCUUCGACCCCGACACCAACAUUGUGUAUCUGUGCGGGAAGGGGGACAGCAGUAUCCGCUACUUCGAGGUGACCGACGAAGCCCCCUACGUGCACUACCUGUCCCUGUACACCAGUAAGGAUUCCCAGAGGGGGAUGGGCUACAUGCCCAAACGGGGCCUCGAGGUCAAUAAAUGUGAGAUUGCCCGGUUCUACAAACUGCAUGAAAGGAAAUGUGAGCCCAUAAUCAUGACUGUCCCACGCAAGUCAGACCUGUUCCAGGAGGACUUGUACCCCGACACUGUGGGGCCCGACCCUGCCCUGACAGCAGAGGAGUGGCUGGGGGGAAAGGACGCCGGCCCCUUGCUCAUCUCUUUGCGGGAAGGUUAUGCCCCGAGCAAGAGCCGAGAACUCAAAAUCACCAAGAACGUCCUGAACACCCGGCUCCCCAAACACAUCGGGUCGUCCAAUGAGAGCGGAAGCAGAGGGGAGCCGGCGCUGGAGCAGAUCCUGGAGCAGAUAAAGCAGCUGAGAGUCACAAUACAGGGACUGGAGAAGCGCAUAGCGAAGCUGGAGGAGAAAACGGCCAAUUAAAUGCAGCCGUCACCCUCCCAUUCACUCAUCUCAUUCCAAAUUGUAACACAUUGCAGUGAAUGGUACAGUACACACGGAUUGUAACACAUUGCAGUGAAUGGUACAAUACACACUGAAUGGAGUCUUGCUUUCAACUCUCUCCAAUCCCUGCCUUCUGCCCAACUGCCCCAGGGUACCUGCCUGUAGAACAGCUAGACUAUGUGCAGGGAGUGGGUGGGAGAGACCCAGCUCAUAAUGUUUUGUAACAUUCCCCAUAUCUCUAGAGUAAAACUCCCAUAAUCCUCUGUGCACCCUGUACCUUCUGCAUCUGUACAAGUAUAAUGCCAUGUUGUACCAUAAAGUGAGGCUUUCAGGGAGAUGGAUCGGCCAUUUUUGCUAUUGCAGGACUACAACUCCCAGCAUCCCUGUCUGGACAUCUGCUUGCCAACAGCUGGGGCCCCAUAAUUGCCCAUGACUAGCGUGGAUUAAUAAUGUCAAUACGGGUCUGAUGUAAAGCUUGUGGGGGGGGGAGGGUUGGGGCAAUUGUUUGUUUUUCAGCAACCCAGGUGUUAAACUUAUUUUGCCAAAAAA